AGCUCGGCGUGACGCAUGAGCUAGGCUUAAUGUACCCAAAAUCCAACCUGGCUGGGAUCCCGUCUCUCAAUGGACUGUUCUCUGCUGCAAUCCCGGCCAUCCACACCGCCAAACUCACUCCGGACUUCAGCUACCAACCGAUGCCGACUCAAUCACGAUCUUUAUAUGCUCUCUUGACUUUCCCAGCCGGUCUGAUUGCCUUCAGCUUUGGCUUCUUUCGACUAGGAUUCUUAGACGCCCUACUCUCCAAAGCGACCCUCCUCAGAGGUUUCGUCACCGCCAUCGCUGUCGUCACAGCCAUCGAACAGCUCCCAUCCCUCCUCGCACUGGCUGCACUCGAAAAGGAGCAGCAAGCCAUCAACACCCAAGGAUCGGUCGAGAAACUCAUCUGGACUCUCGCUAACUGCCCCGGUUUGAAAUAUCUACCCGAGAUCCUCAGCAAGCUUCGUCACCAAUCUCUACAACUGGAACCAAAACGCUGUCGCCGUCCUCGGUUCAAUAUCAAUCAGCAAACUUCGAAUCGAUUUACCGUGGAAAGGCGUCUCGAAAAAACUUGGCAAAGAUACGCUCGGUACAGCAACCACACUCUCUGCAGCCUCAUGGAUUCAAUCGUCGCCGCAAAGGAUCCUACUGCGAUGAGAGUCAGAAUCUUAGGUCGUCAUCCAAUCACUCGCACCUGGGAGCCGAUCGAUACCAAGAAGACUGAAAGUGCGGAGGUGGCCAGAGAAAUCGAAGAAGAAAUUCCUGGCGUGGUUCGAAAGAAAGAUCGCGGUGAUUGGAAAUGUCGGCGUGCGUACAUCCAAAUUUCAAACCUCGUUUUUCAAGAUCACUUGUUCACCCUUCUCUUACCUCUUUUAAUCUUGAGAGAAAUCCUGCAAGAGUACAUCGAUCGACUUGUGAUCAUUGGGAUUUCUCACAUCAAGCCUAUAAAUCGCUAUGAAGUCUUCCAGAAAGCUGGGAUUCUUAGCGUGGUCGGCGAAGACCAAUUGUUAGCUCAUGUUAAUCAAGUACUCAAAACUGCCCAAAAAGCAACUCUUUGA